GCCUAGGCGGCCACCGAGCGAGGGCGCUUGCAGCCGCUCCCGCCCCGCUCCGCCGCGCCCCGUGCAUCCGCAGCUACCGCGCCUCGGCGAGACCCCGACCGGGACCGGCCUUCAGACGGACCCUCACAGCCUCAGCAUCCUGGAGGAGAACAUGCUUGCCAAUUCAGCCAGCGUUCGCAUUCUCAUCAAAGGAGGCAAGGUGGUGAACGAUGACUGCACCCAUGAGGCAGAUGUCUACAUCGAGAAUGGCAUUAUCCAACAGGUGGGCCGUGAGCUCAUGAUCCCUGGAGGGGCCAAGGUGAUUGAUGCCACUGGGAAAUUAGUCAUCCCUGGAGGCAUUGACACCAGCACCCACUUCCACCAGACCUUCAUGAAUGCCACGUGUGUGGACGACUUCUACCAUGGGACCAAGGCUGCACUUGUUGGGGGCACCACCAUGAUCAUCGGCCAUGUCUUGCCUGACAAGGAGACCUCCCUUGUGGAUGCCUAUGAGAAGUGUCGGGGUCUGGCUGACCCCAAGGUCUGCUGUGAUUAUGCCCUCCAUAUGGGAAUCACCUGGUGGGCACCCAAGGUAAAAGCAGAAAUGGAGACAUUGGUGAGAGAGAAGGGAGUCAACUCAUUCCAGAUGUUCAUGACCUACAAGGAUUUGUACAUGCUUCGAGACAGUGAACUCUACCAAGUAUUUCAUGCCUGCAAGGACAUUGGGGCAAUCCCCCGGGUUCAUGCUGAAAAUGGAGAACUUGUGGCUGAGGGUGCUAAAGAGGCACUAGAUUUGGGUAUCACUGGCCCAGAAGGAAUUGAAAUCAGUCGUCCAGAGGAGCUGGAAGCUGAAGCCACUCACCGUGUCAUCACCAUUGCAAACAGGACUCACUGUCCCAUCUACCUGGUCAACGUGUCUAGUAUCUCUGCUGGUGAUGUGAUUGCAGCUGCUAAGAUGCAAGGGAAGGUGGUACUGGCAGAAACCACCACUGCACACACCACGCUGACAGGCUUGCACUACUAUCACCAGGACUGGUCCCAUGCUGCCGCCUACGUCACAGUCCCUCCCCUUAGACUGGACACCAACACCUCCACUUACCUCAUGAGCCUGCUAGCCAAUGAUACUCUGAACAUUGUGGCAUCAGAUCACCGACCAUUCACCACGAAGCAGAAAGCUAUGGGCAAGGAGGACUUCACCAAGAUCCCGCAUGGUGUGAGCGGUGUGCAAGACCGAAUGAGUGUCAUCUGGGAGAGAGGAGUGGUUGGAGGAAAGAUGGACGAGAACCGUUUUGUGGCCGUCACCAGUUCCAACGCAGCCAAGAUUCUCAACUUGUAUCCCCGCAAGGGCCGCAUCAUCCCUGGAGCCGAUGCUGAUGUGGUGGUGUGGGACCCAGAAGCCACAAAGACCAUCUCAGCCAGCACCCAGGUACAGGGUGGAGACUUCAACCUGUAUGAGAACAUGCGCUGCCACGGUGUGCCAUUAGUCACCAUCAGCCGGGGGCGCGUCGUAUAUGAAAACGGGGUCUUUAUGUGUGCUGAGGGUACUGGCAAAUUCUGUCCCCUGCGGUCUUUCCCAGACACUGUCUAUAAGAAGCUGGUGCAGAGAGAGAAGACCUUAAAGGUAAGGGGAGUGGAUCGCACCCCCUACCUGGGCGAUGUCGCUGUUGUUGUGCAUCCUGGGAAAAAAGAGAUGGGAACACCACUGGCAGACACCCCUACACGGCCAGUCACUCGACAUGGGGGCAUGCGGGACCUUCACGAAUCCAGCUUCAGCCUUUCUGGUUCUCAGAUCGAUGACCAUGUUCCAAAGCGGGCUUCAGCUCGGAUCCUCGCACCCCCUGGAGGCAGGUCAAGUGGCAUUUGGUAAAGGCACUGACCAGCCCCAACAAGUGAGGAUGCACCACUACCACCCACCUGCACACCUUCUGGCCUCAGCUGCAACGGGGCGGGAGAGGCUGGGCUAGGCAGCACACCACCUGCAGGAGCCUCAGGAACUGGGGACCCCACUCCUCAUCUGAACAAGAUUCAUGGGGCUUUGAGCCAUCCUAACAGGCACUUUGAGCUGUCCCUCCUGCUGUGCUCCUUCAUGCCUUUACCCAGGGGCUUCUCUGGGCCCUGAAAGCCCACACUAUGCACAGAGCCUGAUGCAUAGUGCCUGACCCAGCCCCUCCUCUCCCCACUGACUCCUGUGCUGGCUCUAGGAAGGCCCAGACUUUAGUGCCCUGCCCUGCCACCAGGCCAGGUGUCCAGAGCACUUUAGCAGCUAUGUUUUAUAAGUAAAGGCCUCCCUUCCCCACCCCUUAGGUCCUGUGGUGACAUUUCUCAAGUCAGACAGGUGUCAUCUUUCUAGCCAUGCCCAAGAUGUCCCAUCUCUCCUAGCUCACCCCUGGCCCUAUAUGGGUGCAGCAGGGACACUUUGGGUAUAGCUGUGGUUAGGACACUCUGUGCCCUUUGCCAGUCUCUUUACAAUCCCUACCCAUACCCUCUGGGAGUCCCAAGUCCAGAGGCAUAGCCAGGUGGGCAUGGGACUGGUUCCAGGCGCGUGUAAAUGGUUUUGUUUUGCACGUUUGGUUUGCGCAGUGGUUUGGUUUGACUUGUUUGUGCAUCCUGUGGAAAAUAACGGUGCUUCGUGUCACUAGCAUAGCAUAGAAACAGGAAUAGAUGUGGUUCUUAGGAGACGCUGCACUCACCACCAACCAGACAGCACAGGGCAGAGGUGCGGGAAGAGGAGCUGGUCUCACAGGUCCUCUCUCCUGCCCAGAGGCCCUGAGCCAUGUCUCCCCCACUCCCACCCCUGACCUCCCCUCAUAGCUUUCCUGCAUUCUGGUGGGCCUGAAUGCUGACCUUGAAGACUUUCUCAUCUCAGACCUUGGUCACUUCCAGCUCUAACCCCACAUCCAUACCCACUUACCCUCCCCCCCACACACAAAGCUUCCUAUGACCUCCCCUGCUGGACAGAGGCCUGUCCACUCCUGCUGUGUGAUUGGCAAGAGGCCUUAUACCUGCUGAGAAAGGGGAAGUGAGAGGGACCAGCCAACUUCCAGGAAGGAAGAGACACCAGCCUGUAGGGCCUGGCUGUAAAGCCCCAUCCCAUUGUGCAGGUGCCAUGGUACCCUCUGCACAGCACCACCUCUCGUGGGUGCAGGCUACUCUCCCACAUCCAUUGGGGCCUCCCUGCUUCAGAAGUUCUACAAAGAUUCCUAUGGGUGGCUGUGUCAUCCAGCUGCCUGUCCUCUAUAAGCCUUGUUACCCCUUUGGGAAGUGAUCUCACAUCAAAUCUUUUGUUUGAGCACCCCAGGCUUGCAGGGGUCCCCUGGAAUCUGGGUAAUGAUCACACUAUCACAUUUCUAUAGUGUUUCUCAUCUAUCAAAAUACUUCUUUAUAUAAGCUCUUACUUGCUCCUCACAACAGUGAGACAUGUAUUACUCUUCCCAUCUUACAAAUGAGAGAACUGAGGUCUGAAAAGUAUAGACCCCCUGGUCCCAGAAGUGUCUGUUACUUCCCUUAUGACCUUAGCUAUCUAAUCUAGUAGUGGAGAAGAGUUGUGGGCUGAUGCCAAUCCUACCAGGAGCUUAACCAAAUAGACCACUUUCUCCCUUGUAGCACUCUGUCUUGUUUUGCACAAGUAGAUUUUUCUCAUCUUUGUUUUAUACAAACUAAUGCAUAAUUCUUGGUUCAGAUCAGGAUUAGAAAAACAUUAGGGGUUUGCCACGUAGUUUGAACUGUAUCCCCAUCCUCUCUUCACCCCCAUUAUCCUCAUUUAGGAGCUGAAUGGAGGGAAAAGGUAACCAGGGAACAAAAGCAGCCAUGGGACAGUAGGUGGUAAGCCCAGAAAAGUCUCCAUGGGAAACAGAAAUGGUGACACUGACCCCUGGUACAGUGCACAUUAUCUUUCUUGAGACAGAGUCUCACUAUAUAAUAGCCCAAGCUGGCUUUGAACUCAUAACAGUCCUCCUGCUUUAGCCUCCCAAGUGCUGGGAUUCCAAGGUAUGAACUACCAUGUCUGGGUACACAUCUUCUUUGUCUAUUUCUGCCCUUGCAGGGUCAGGGGUCAUGGACCUUGGGCAGAUGCCAAAGAGCUAAGUGGUGUGGGGCCAGCUGGGCAGAGUGUCAUGCUUCAGCUAGGAAAGCUUUACUUUCUCUGAGUGCCUCCACCUGAGAGAUGCUGGGAGAUCACAUGUUAAAGGGGCCACUGUAGGCCUUCCACUUCAUCCAGUCCCACCCUUCCAUAGACCGUGUGCUUGCUCAAGAGCUUCUAGAUGGAAAUCAGGAGGUUCAAGGCGUCAUAUAAAUGAGCGGUCAUUCCCUACCACUCUCCUUGCCCCGUGCAGAGCUCCAGCCAGCUCCAUCACCAGCCCACUGGCUGGUGGCUAGAACGAAAAGGGUUUCUGGUUGCACUGAAUGCAGCUCUCAAACUGAUCUUGUACUUGCUGAAUAAAUACUGUUGUUCUUGCCUUAGCUGCUCUCUAGGUUUGUGGGGUUAACUUACCAGAAAAUUGUGCUACUGUGUGUGCGUGCGUGCGUGCGUGCGUGCGUGCGUGCGUGUGUGUGUGUGUGUGUGUGUAGUGCUAGGAGUCCACAGUAGGUCUCUUGUCAAGCCAAUGCCAUGUUGAGGGCAUUUCCCAUACUAACCCAGAAACAACAGAAUCAUGCAGAAGCCAAACCCCCUCCAGCUGCUGAGGUGGCAGGCAGGUCCUGGGAUCUUGACAGAGCUGCCAGCACCCCAGCUCCCAAGGGACUUCCUCACUUCUCUGUAAAUGUCAUGGUGCUAAGAUUGUGUCAACCACAAGAUGACACAUGGUCCUGUGCUUUGGCCACUGUUGAGGCAAAAACAAAACAGCCCAACAUGUUGUGUUCUGGUGCAGGUUUGUAUUAAACUGUAGCUACUUCUCA